AUGUCCAGGUCGUCUUAUGAUAGAUAUCUCACCAUCUUCUCGCCUGAAGGAAGGCUAUACCAAGUCGAGUAUGCCUUCAAAGCCAUCUCUUCUGCUGGUAUCACCGCCGUCGCUAUUCGAGGCAAGGACACCUCUGUAGUCAUCACCCAACGGAAAGUCCCCGACAAGCUCCUCGAUCCCGAAACCAUCACCCACCUCUUCCAAAUCACCCCCACUAUCGGUUGUGUCAUGACCGGACUGAUCGCCGACGCCCGAGCACAGGUUCAGCGAACAAGAUCCGAGGCCGCUCAGUUCAGAUACAAGUACGGUUACGAGAUCACCCCAGAAGCGCUCGCUAAGCGUAUGGCCAACAUCAACCAGGUCUACACUCAGCGUGCGGGUAUGCGGCCCAUGGGUAUCUCUAUGAUUCUGAUCGGACAAGACGACGAGAGAGGACCCCAACUGUUCAAGCUUGAUCCGGCGGGAUAUUUCACUGGAUACAAGGCGACAUCUUCGGGGCAGAAGCAAACUGAAUCCGCCAACUACCUUGAGAAGCGCUGGAAGACUUUGGAAUCUGAAAAGAAGGACAAGGAUCUUGACCGUACUGGCGUCAUCGAGAUGGCCAUCGAAUGUCUUUCUUCCGUCUGCGCUACCGACUUUAAGGCGAGCGAAAUCGAGAUCGGAAUCUCAUCGGUAUCUUCAGAAGAGGUGCACAAGGAUGGGCAAGAAGGGAGGUUCAGGCAGAUGGAUGAGCAGGAGAGGGAUGAGUGGCUGAUCAGGGUCGGAGAGAAGGAUUAG